AUGUUACAAGGAUACAGCAAGGAUCAGCCUGAAGGCUUCCACAAUCGUAUUGAAAGGGUGGCAUUAAUCGGCGCCGGUGGUCAUAUGGGAUCGCAUAUCGCCGAGGCUCUGCUCAAAACUAGAAAGCAUGUCGUCAAAGUGAUUUCGCGCCCAAACAGCACGAGCAAAAUGCCCUUCGGUGCACACGUGGAACGUAUCGAAUAUGGCGACAGCGAUGACAGCGAGAUUGUCCAGGCUCUAGAAGGGCAACAGGCAUUGAUCAUUACUAUGUCCGUGGCAGCACCAAGAGAUAUCAUCUCAAAGCUUAUACGCGCAGCGGCUAAAGCCGGUGUAUCAUAUAUCCUUCCCAACUGGUACGGGCACGAUCCUGCCGCUGAAAAACUUUGUAAAGACACGUUCCUAGCAGAUAUCAAGACCAGAAUCUGUACGGAAAUUGAAAGUCUCGGUGUAAGCUCUUACAUCUUGCUUGCCUGUGGCUUCUGGUAUGAGUUCAGUCUUGGUGGCGGACCUGACAGGUAUGGCUUUGAUUUCAAGAAUAGAAGUGUUGUAGUUUUUGACGGCGGCAAUACUGCGAUCAACACGAGCACUUGGCCGCAGUGUGGCAGAGCCAUUGCCAGCCUAAUGAGUUUAAAAGUACUCCCGGAAGAUGAGAAUGACCGCUCAGUAACCCUCUUACAAUUUCACAACCGCCCUGUCUAUAUCUCCAGUUUUCGACUAACCCAAUGGGACAUGUUUAAAAGCAUCAAACGUGUCACAGGUACGAAAGAUGCAGACUGGACUAUCACGCAUGAAUCGAGUGCAGAACGCUAUGCAUCUGCCAAGGAUUCCAUCCUGCAGGGAGAUCAUCACGCCUUUGUGAAAUUUCUGUACAGUCGUACUUUCUAUCCAAAUGGUGGUGGUGACUUCGAGUCCACUCAUGGUCUUCACAAUGGAGUACUCGGUCUACCAGGCGAAGAUUUGGACGCAUACACAUCUGUUGCUAUUUCUAUGGGUGAAAAUGAGGAAGUGGUAGAUGAUGAUGUUCGCAGGCGCGUCAUCCACGUGCUAAACGAGUGAAGAAAGAGCCGCCUUGGUACACAUUGAGACUCAAUUUGAAAAAAGACAAAUAACAAUUUGUUGGAUUAGUGGGUCGGUAGGCACUAAUCCGUGAGGGCAGAAUCGGUAAUGAUUCCUAGCUUUGUUACGUGGAAAGUGUAGAUAUUGGAAGUAGAAUUAACAAGCAAAAUUUUAUGUCUUUCGUUCUCCGUCCCU